GUGACCUCAUAAACUAAGGGUGGGAUUUCUUUUUCUGCAAGGAUUAACAUAGGCCCGCCAGCCUACUAUCCUUAUCAUUGGAGACUGAAGAUUCCAUCCACAACCAUUCGAACUUCAAUUGUAGGUGAUCUAAAGUGGUAGCUGCAUCUUCACAGAAAUCUUUAUUGUAUGAGUUGAAAAAGAUCAAAUGACUCACUGUUUGUAGCAAUUAAGGCAAGGAUUAGCCAGGAAGCAUAAGGAAACCAGAUACUCUGUACUUACAUGUCCAAGGGAUAUUGAAUAUGGGAUUUUAACUUUGAUAUUCGAGAAGCGAACUAAAUAAAGUAGGCGAAACACUUAACGGAAACUCAUGGCCUACCCAUCUGACAGUCAGCUUCUGACCAAAAUAGAGAAAAUUCUACAGGAUGCUGAUCUCUCCCAAGUGACGUCGAAAAAAGUAAGGUCGGCACUAGAGGCUCAUUUCAACAUUGAUUUGUCCACCGAAAAAUCCAAGUUAGAGACUAUGAUAAUGUCCACAUUGGAGAAACUACAGUCUUCAAAGACCCAGAAUAGGAAUAACAGCAAACGCAGCAGCAGUCCUGAGGUAGAUGAAUGUACAGAAUCUGACUCGAGCUCUGAUAGUGAACCUGAAAAGCCAGUAAAAAAGAAGAAAAAGAAGACUUCGGAUGAUGAAGAUUAUGCCCGGAGUUUGCAUGCCGAAGCUAAUGGUAUGAGACGAAGAAGCAGUUCCAGCACCAAACCAAGAUCUCAAAAGCAGCCCGGGAGCGGAAAGACGGGUUUUACACGUCCUUUAACAUUAUCUGACGAGAUGGCUGAGUACAUUGGUGAGAAAGAACUGUCCCGUUCUGAUUUAGUGAAAAAAUUCUGGGAAAUUGCUAGGGAACAAGAUUUAUUCGACCCAAACAACAAGCAGUUUGUUGUGUGUAAUGAAGAUUGGCAAAGAUUGUUCAACCUAAAACGUUUUCGUAUGUUUGGAGUUGCAAAGCAUUUAAAACGACAUAUAAUUGGGUAACUUUUUAUAAAACUCAUCUCAUCAUAAGUAUAUUUGCCAUGUACCCCAGACCAUGUAAAUUUAUGCAUAACCUGAUGGUUUGCCGUCAGGCCUAUUUCAAAUAAAUUCCUGCUGAACGAUAUAUAUUUUGAGAUGUAUUUCAAUAGCAUAUUUAUUAUAUGGAGAGGAUCUGUUGUGCAUUUUGCACAACUUAUUUUAUCCUAUACAUAUUAUUAUUUCACAAUAAAACGGCGUGUACCACUAUCGUC